AUGUCGCCAUUCCUCAGGGUCAUAGCGGAGGAGCUGGGGGAAUGCAAGAAGCAGCCAUCUUCAAUGUUCGCCACCCUUUACGUGAACAAGGGAGCAGGAUUUGACCCGAGAGAGCUGAGACGCAGUGAGACUCUGAUGGCCAUGGUGCAAGCCUGGCCCUUUGCCCGCCUGCCUCUAGGGGGGCUGAUGAAGAAGCCGCACCAAGAAACCUUAGAAGCAGUGCUGGAUGGACUUGAUAUCCUGCUGGCCCAGGAGGUUCACCCCAGGAAGUGCAAACUGCGGGUGCUGGACUUGAGAAAUACUGGCCAGGAUUUCUGGAACAUGUGGUCUGGAGACAGGUCCCAUGUGUCCUCAAGUUCACUGAUGGCAUCAGUGGCUAAGGACAUGUCAAGGACAAAGCACUCCUUGGCUCCCUUGGAGAUGUACGUAGAUCUUUGUCUCAAGGAAAUGACCUGGAGCAAAUGUAUCACGUACCUCUUCUCGUGGGUGGAGCAGCGGAAAGGCUCCAUACACUUGUGCUGUAAGAAGAUGAAGAUUGUUUCAAGGUCUAAGGACACUAUUAAGAAAGUUUUCCGAAUAGUGAAGCUGGACUGUAUCCAGGAGGUGGAACUGAAUUUCACCCAGAAGCUGUCCACCCUGGCCAAGUUUGCUCCUCUCCUGGGCAAGAUGAGCAAUGUUCAGAAACUCAUUCUCUCCCCCAUUCAUAGGUCUGCUGCUGAAGAACAGGACCAUCAGGCUCUUCUGCGAUUUACCUCUCAGAUCCUAAGACUGCAGUACCUCCGCUAUCUCCGUAUGGAAGGUCCAUCUUUCCUUGAAGGCCGCCUGAACCAGAUGCUCAGUUGCCUGAAGAUCCCCUUGCACAACAUCUCAAUAACCAACUGCCUGCUUACAGAAUCAGACUUGACCCAUCUGUCCCAGAGUCCAAAAAUCUGUCAGUUAAAGGGCCUGAAUCUGAGUGGUGUUACCCUGACCAACUUUUGUCCCAAGCUCAUCCAGGGUCUGCUGGAAAAAGUUGCAGGUACUCUUGAAGAGCUGAACUUAAACCUGUGUGGGAUUAUGGACUCCCUCCUCACAGCUCUUGUGCCUGCCCUGAGCUGCUGCUCCCAGCUCAGGGUCUUCAGCAUGUGUGGAAACCUCAUCUCCAUGGCUGUCCUGGAGAGUCUCCUGCGUCAUACUGAUGGGUUGUCCGCUUUACGUCUAGAGUUUUAUCCUGCCCCUCGGGAGAGUUAUAGCUCUCUGGGUAUUCUUCACCAGGAGAGACUUGCCCAGCUAAAAGCUGAGCUUUGGCAGCUCCUUACAGAUUUAGGGCGUCCCAGGAAGAUUUGGAUUAGCCCCAGCCCCUGUCCUCACUGUGGCUGCCUGGACCAGAUGCUCAGAUGCCUGAGGACCCCCUUGGACCACCUGGCAAUAACUAAGUGCUGGCUUACAGAAUCAGACCUGAUCCAUCUGUCCCAGCACCCAAACAUUCGUCAGCUCAAAGGCCUGGAGCUGAGUGGUGUCACCAUGAUCAACUUUAGUAUUGAGAUCCUCCACGUUCUUCCGGAGCAAGUUGCAGCCACCCUCCAGGAACUGAACUCAGAGCAGUGUGGGAUCACAGAGUCCCAACUUGAGUCCAUCCUGCCUGCCCUGAGCUGCUGUUCCCAGCUCAGGACCUUCAGUCUGUGUGGCAGUGUUCUCUCUAUGGCCAUCAUGGAGAAGCUGCUGAGCCACACCACUGGGCUGAUCAACUUAAGUGAGGAGUUUUAUCCUGCCUCUCAGGAGAGUUACAGCCCUCAUGGAGCCCUCCACCUGGGCUGA